AUGCGCAAGUCCUCCCUCCGAAAAACAACUCUCCUUUCCCUCCUCGGUGUUUCCUCCGCACAAACGUCAUCUUGGGGCGAGCCAUUCACUGUAGAACCCACAGCAACAACUUCAACAGACAACCUGCUUCCCUCUGCCUCCCCAACACCAACAUGGGGUGACGCCUUUAGUGUUGACAACAGCGCUGUGAUUACCCCAUCAAGCUCGCUCCCAACAUCAGAUGCCGCAGCGCCGAGUCUGGCAGUCGAUACGUCAUCAUCGAUAACUUCCAACGUAGUAACAUCUGAUGUUACAGUAAUUAGUGGAAUACAGAGUGUUGUCGCAUCGAGGAGUGCUAGCUUUGAUACAAACGCUAGUACGCAGAGUGUGACAGGGACGAGCAGUGCGGGAAGUACACAGAGCGCGACGAGUAGUGGGACAGCGGCUGUGGAGGCUACUGGCGCUGCGGUGCCGGUGAGAGGGUUCAAGAAGAUGGGUCUAGCAGGCGCGAUUGCUGGGGCUGCGGGGGUGAUGUUUGUGUAG